UGGUCGGGAUCCCGGCUGGUGGGCGGAACUGGAGGAGCGAAAACUUCGGGUUUGAGCCCGGCCGGACGAGGAUCGUCUCCGCGUCGCCGAGCCUUGAGCCAUGGGGAAGCUGCUGACGGUCGCCCUGGUCGGGAUCGCCGCUGCCUUGAUCGGGGAAAGGCUGGUGGCCUUCCGGCAUAGACUCCGUGCCUCACGAGAAGUGAAAACAAAGCGGCUUCCAAAUUGUCACCUGAUUAAAGGAAUAGAAACUGGCUCAGAAGAUAUUGACAUACUCCCUAAUGGCCUGGCUUUCAUUAGUACAGGCUUAAAAUACCCUGGUAUGCAAAGCUUUGCACCUGAUAAAAGUGGGCAGAUACUACUAAUGGAUCUCAAUGAAGAAAAUCCUCAACCAGUGGAAAUGAGAAUCAGUCGUGGGUUUGAUCUGGCUUCUUUUAACCCCCAUGGAAUUAGCCUAUAUGUUGACACAGACGAUACUGUGUACCUUUUCGUUGUAAAUCACCCACAACACAAGACAGUAGUAGAGCGCUUUAAAUUCAUGGAAGAUGACAAUUCUCUCUUGCAUCUUAAUACCAUCAAACAUGAACUCCUGCCAAGCGUGAAUGACAUUGUGGCUCUGGGUCCGGAUAGUUUCUAUGCCACCAACGAUCGUUAUUUCCCAGAGCCCCCCUUGCACUAUUUGGAGAUGUUCCUGGGUUUAACGUGGACAAAUGUUGUCUACUACAGCCCUAAAGAAGUAAAAGAAGUGGCAGCGGGAUUUAAAUUUGCCAAUGGCAUUAACAUUUCACCUGAUGGAAAGUACGUCUAUGUUGCGGAUGUGAUGGAUCGUAACAUUCAUGUCUUUGAAAAGCAUGAGAAUAGAAGUUUGUCUCUUUUGAAGGUUCUGCAGUUGGAAACUCUAGUUGACAACAUAUCAGUUGAUCCUGACACUGGAGAUAUUUGGGUAGGAUGUCAUCCUAAUGGCAUGAAGCUCUUCCGUUAUGAUCCAGAGAACCCUCCUGGCUCAGAGGUUCUCCGCAUCCAAGACAUCCUUUCUGAGAAGCCUACAGUCACCCAAGUAUAUGUGGAUGAUGGUUCAGUAAUUCAAGGGAGUUCUGUUGCUACAGUGUAUAACCAGCAUCUGCUUAUUGGCACUGUCUUUCACAGAGGCCUCCACUGUGAGCUGUAGCAAACUCAUUGCAGACUUUGUCACAGUGGGAAAGGUCAAAGAUAAUCUGAGCCAAAUUCCCUGCCGAGUUUACAGCCCUGAUAUCUGACUUCAACCUCUAUUGCAAUCGACUUGUUCUGGCCAUUUCCAUUUCAGUUCCAAGAAGGAAGUAACAGAAGAACUAUUUUUUUUUUUAAAGGAAUACGGUGAUAUGGAAGAAAUGUUGGGUUUUUAUAGUUGCACCACUAUUUAACAAAGAACUUCAAAUUAUUCCUACCUUCAUAUGGUAAUUGAUCUAAAAUUGCUUUCUCUCAAUUUCUUUUCAAUGGCCAACUAUGAUUUCGUUUUGAUGAAAACAGUGAAAAUGACUACAGUAAAUUGGUGCUAAAACAGUU